UGAGAUCGGCGGCGACUGUAAACGGAAAGCGAGAAUGAAGCUGAAGGUUGUGUAUCGUAAGGUCUCCGAUUACAUCCGUUACGAUCUCAAAGAAAUCGUCUUACCUUCAUCACUUCCCGAUCCUCCUCACGUCAUCAAACGCCGCAAAUUGACUUGGCACGAGCGAUUCCUCGUGUUGAAGGAAGCUUCAAGGCUAUAUGCUGCAAGCUGGGUGAGAGAUAUAGGUCCCGAGCUUCGUCCCAAUGAUUACAAGAAGCAGGGUGAUGCUGAACCCAAGAAACAAUCCAAAGAUACUGAGAACAAAGACCCCUCUGUUUUGGAAGAUCUUGCGGUAGCUGCAAGAGGUGGGAUGGAGACUUUAAGGCCUGCCUUACAUCGUGUGUACAUGACACGAGCCUCUAAUUACAAAGAUGCUCUUGCAAGCUUUAUCAAAGGUUACCAUGAGGGUGUCCAGCAAGUUAUGCAGAGCAAAGAAGAAGAGUCUCAAGUCCCUAAGGAUGAAUCACCGGACAACUCUAGAAAGACUACAUGAGAUUUACUUUGUUGUUAGCUCCAGAAUCUUGGAUUCAUUAGGUGUUUGCGAGCGUGUUUUCUUUGCUAGAUCUUGGAUUCCUUUAAUUGUACCACAAGAAUCCAGAGAUUUCUAUCUACGAUGUAGUCCUUUGUGCAAAAUGUAGCCUGUUUGUGUUGCAACAUCUAGAAAUAACAUUUAUUUAUUUAGCUUGAAAAGAAAAUAUUCAGUUUUCAUUUUA